GGAGGGGCGUGGGGCAGGCUGGCUCCGGCCAGGAGGUCAUGCAUAAUUCAACAGCUCCACUUUCGGCCCGCCUCUUUCUUAGGGGUGGGAGUUUGCUGCAAACUUUGUUUAUGGGACAGUCCGGGAGCCGCGGCGGCUGCUCUCGUCUACGUCUUCUCUGUCGCCUCCUCUCGCCGUGCGAGCGCCCGAGGCCGGCUCCGGGGAUGAAGAUGAAUCCGUCCUCGGUGCCCCAUCCGCUCCCGCCGCCAGGGCAGCAAGUCAUCCACGUCACGCAGGACCUGGACACGGACCUCGAAGCCCUCUUCAACUCUGUCAUGAACCCCAAGCCCAGCUCAUGGCGGAAAAAGAUCCUCCCGGAGUCCUUCUUUAAGGAGCCGGAUUCCGGCUCGCACUCGCGCCAGUCCAGCACCGACUCAUCGGGCGGCCACCCGGGGCCUCGACUAGCUGGCGGCGCGCAGCACGUCCGCUCGCACUCGUCGCCCGCAUCCCUGCAGCUAGGCACCGGUGCGGGAGCCGCUGGAGGCCCUGCACAGCAGCAUGCACAUCUCCGCCAGCAGUCCUAUGACGUGACCGACGAGCUGCCGUUGCCCCCCGGGUGGGAGAUGACCUUCACGGCCGCUGGCCAGAGAUACUUCCUUAAUCACAUAGAGAAAAUCACCACAUGGCAAGACCCCAGGAAGGUGAUGAAUCAGCCUCUGAAUCAUGUGAACCUCCACCCCUCUAUCACUUCCACAUCGGUGCCACAGAGGUCCAUGGCAGUGUCCCAGCCGAAUCUCGCGAUGAAUCACCAGCACCAGCAAGUCGUGGCCACUAGCCUGAGUCCACAGAACCACCCGACUCAGAACCCACCCACGGGGCUCAUGAGUGUGCCCAAUGCACUGACCACUCAGCAGCAGCAGCAGCAGAAACUGCGCCUUCAGAGGAUCCAGAUGGAGAGAGAGAGGAUUAGGAUGCGUCAAGAGGAGCUCAUGAGGCAGGAAGCUGCCCUCUGCCGACAGCUCCCCAUGGAAACCGAGACCAUGGCUCCUGUCAACACGCCUGCCAUGAGCACAGAUAUGAGAUCUGUUACCAACAGUAGCUCAGAUCCUUUCCUCAAUGGAGGGCCCUAUCAUUCGCGGGAGCAGAGCACAGACAGCGGCCUGGGGUUAGGGUGCUACAGUGUCCCCACAACUCCAGAAGACUUCCUCAGCAACAUGGAUGAGAUGGAUACAGGUGAAAAUUCCGGUCAGACACCCAUGACCGUCAAUCCCCAGCAGACCCGCUUCCCUGAUUUCCUGGACUGCCUUCCGGGAACAAACGUUGACCUCGGGACUCUGGAGUCCGAAGAUCUGAUGCCCCUUUUCAAUGAUGUAGAGUCUGCUCUGAACAAAAGCGAGCCCUUUCUAACCUGGCUGUAAUCACUACUGUUGUAACGUGAUGCAGCUGUGAGCUGACGCGCACGUCUUGGGCCUUGUGGACCAAGUGAUGGAGCAGAGCGGGCCUGCAGCUGCCCCCGCAUUCUGCCUUCGUACUCACACUCCUUGUCCCUGUGGCCACUUAAUCAUUGCCUGGUAUUGAUUCGCAGAACCUUAACGUUACCCAGAAAUAAAUACUCUCUUUUCAUUUUCUGCAAGCCUGCAUUUCUGUGGCAGAUAAAGCAGGAUGGGUUGUGCAGAAUGACUUCCUAGAAAAUGACUGCAGCCCAGUGGCUGGGUUUUAUUGCAGUUAGCUUAAAUUCGUAUAUCAAUUGAUUCUAAGCCAUAAAAAGCUGACCUCAGGCAGUGAAUUCUGAUAGGCAGCUUGGUCCAGGAAGUGUGCACAAAGACCUGACUUAGAGUUUCAAAAGCUGUACUGAUAACAGUAGUAACAAAUGCUUUAAAACUUAUUUAACUUGAUCUUCAAAAAAAAAAAAAAUCAUUGUAUGGAUAGUAAUUUUCUCCUGUAGGGAACACAGUGCUGUUUGGAAUCCAUGCUGGCCCUGACGGCUUCUCUUAUUCUGUGUUUACAAGGGCACGGAAAAUCAAUGUUAUCACCCUUCAUCAUUUCCCUGCAUAGCAGCUCCGUUCUGUGAGCAAGAGAGUAACUUCAACAUCUGUCACAGUUCUUGCAUGACAGAUUGUGUGAAAGAGACCAGUUUGGUCCCAGUAUGAAUGAUUACAGAACAAAACUGUGUUUUUCUGUUUUUUUGUUUGUUUGUUUUGUUUUUUUAAAUUGCAGCUUGGAUUUUUUUUUUCAAA